CGAAACGUCAGGAGAGAAUGCUGCUAGAACACGGCCAUACAGCCCGGAAACCCCACAGCACCCCAUAACAGAUCAUGUUUGUAGUGUUGUGGGUUGCGUUGUGGGUUGUCACCGCAUCCUAGAAGACAGGCCAGACGUGUUUUAUCCUAGUAAAGCCCACUCUCUUGUUGGCUCUCUUUGCUCAACUUUUACAGCAUGCUUUUAGCGUCCUGCUAUUAUCCUUGCACCAGCCUGUUUGUUCGAACAAUAAAUCAUUGUGUUGGUUUGACUUCCUUGGCACUAGCAAUGGCUUCUGGGGCCAGGCUGUAACUCAGAUUCAUCCCCAGGAGGCCCCCCCCCCCCAAAAAUGCACACAGAUGUGAAAAAAACUCACACCGAUUUAGAUGUGAGACCUGAUCGAACGGGGGAGAACGAAACGGCUCGCAAACAACACACGCCUCGUGUCAGUUAGACUUAACUGGUGACCUUUAGCCGUAACUGUUUCGCUGUGCAAAUUCAGUUCCUGUAAAACAUAAAGCGCAAACAAUGAAAGCAGGGAUCGGUGGCCUUUUCUCCUCCAAUUACAUGACCAUAAUUUAAUUUAUGAGUCAUACUCAUAAAAGUACCCCUGGGGCUUCAAGGGCUAAUGUAGAGGGGGCCCCUCCCCCAGGGAUCCUGCAGUUCUGCCUUGUUUUUUUCUAUUUCCCCGUGAAGAAGUUGCCAGGGAGAAUGCACCUGGUUUAUGCCGCCAGCAAGCAAAUGGAUGGGUUGGGCUUUUUCCCUCCUUACCUUUGGGGAGUCAGGUUACUUGACAACCCUCCCUUUCCUGGUUUCCCUUUGUGCAGCUAUCUGCAGAUAGCUGCUGCUCACCUGCUUUGAAUGGGGCGGGGUGGUGGUGGAAGCACCUGGGUGAGUGGACAGCGGUUUUUAGGAAUCCCUCCUGAGCACAUCACGUAAGACCUGCCUUCUGUUGACGUGCAAGAUCCGGACGACAAGGUGGAGUUUGGUCCUGUUUUAAGACUCUCCGUGUCUCACGCGACAGUGGCCUUUGGGCACUGAUUUAAUGAUUGACAAGGCAGGAGCCAUUGAAAAGUUUGGUCCGUGGUACAAAGAAUUCCACCUUCCGUGAGAUGCAGAAUGAAGGUGUUGGGGUGACGCAGGAUGGGACUCCUCUGGGAGACCCAGUGACUUCAGCCAGGAUUGACAAGGACAUGAGCAGACCCUGAACUUGCUGCACGAAUGGACGUCAUGUGGCAUUUAUGGUUUCCUGGGUUCUCUGCAAAAUCUUCUCGGAGAGCUCCGGCGUGUCCUCAGUCAAGGGGGCAGUAGGCUGAAGCAAUCGCUGCCGGGACUCCAAGGAUGCAGAAGGCUGCUUUACGCUGCGAACACCCCCUUCUCUGCCAUCCAGACGACUACAUACGACCUGCGCUCACGGGCCAAUGUGGGGAGCUGGUGCACGAAACAUCCAUUCGUAGCUUAUGCACAGUGUCAUUGGAAAAGCGGAUCAGGGCUGAGCAGGCCUGGCAGCAACAGAACACCUUCCAGGAUUCCCUCUCCCGCUUCCAGGACUGGCUGUGGGCUGCCGAAUUGACCGCCACCUCUGCCAAUUCCUCCCAGGUCUCUUACACCAGUUCCAAGAAAGAGCUGCAACGGUUAGAGGUGCUCCAGAAGCAAGUCCUGGAGAAACUGAUUCUCCUGGAAGACUUAAACCGGCAAUAUCGGCAGCUGGUGAGGACAAGCGGCAUCGACCUUCACCUCAGAUCUGUCGUUCAAGAGGUCAACCAGCGAUGGGAGAAUUUGCAGAGAAGGAUAGCUGCCGUUUACAAGCGGCUGAAGUAUUUUGUGAACCAAUGGGAAGAGUUUGAAUCGGAACGGGAAACCAUCCAGGUGAGGCUGAUGGAGCUGGACCUGCGGCUUACAGACGUGGAGCACUUCUCUGGAGGCACGUUGCUGGAAAAAAUGAUACGACUGCAGGCCUUCCAGCAAGACGUUCAAAGGAACGCGGAGCACGUGGACCGGCUGCUGGUUCACGGGGAGUGCUUGAUCCAGAAGAGCCAGCCUGAGGACGCCGAGAUCCUGGAGGAAGAGUUGCAGGACCUCAGCUGCUUUUGCCAGGAGGUCUUCCGGCGAGUCUUCCGCUUCCAGAGGCAGCUGGUCAGCAUGCGGCUGGUCUUCGAGAACGAGUGGCUGUCUGACCGAGAGAGUGACUUGGAGUCGAAUUCCCUCACAGAAGGAUCCUUGGAUUUAAAAAUUGGCUCACUGCUGCCUGCCCUUGGCCAGAUAGGCCAUUCCACGCCAAAGAAGUGUCCCUUGCACAACAAAGGUCUGGCUCACAAUUUAGGAACCACCAUGGAUCUGGAAUGGGAUCCUUCCGUGGAUGUGGGAGGAUCCACCUCACAUGACGAAGAGGAUUCCUCCUAUUACAGUGCCAUCACAGGUGUGGGCCAGUGGGAGGAGCCCAGCCGAAGGUGCCGAAACUCUCGCCAGAUGUGCCAUCCCCUCCCCGUGAGAUGUGCCUGCCGAGAAGGUUCUUCUGUACAAAACGACUUCCAAGAGGAGUGGGAACCGUUCGGUUGGUCUUCAGUAAACCAAAUUCACAAAGAAAUACAAAAUGGCCCCUCUAGAAAGUUUCCCUUAUGGCACUUGGAGAAGGGACUGCAUCAGCGCCCCACACACCUACUUCUGGGGAAAGGGAACAGCUGCCAGACAGAACCAGUACGAUUUGACCCCAAACGUAUUGAGAGUUGGCUGGGCCAGGCCCACCAGGAUGAACUGGAAAUACAUCUGGAAACAGAGCAGGUUGCAGGAUCGUUUGGGAGCCUUCCCUUGCCUGCCGCUGUGUUGCGUUUCCCUGCGCAGUCCCGGACGAACAGUCAACAAAUGAAGCAGCACAAACCACAGCAGCGAAGGAAGAAGAGGGUCGGGGUGACUCCAGUUACCUGGACAGGGCAGACCUGCAAGAGGAAACAGAUGGAUCCCUGCUCAGAAGCAGUUGCAGACUUCACCAAAAAGGGAUACGAUCUGCCGCAGCCUUCGAGGAUCUCUACCCAGUCCCAGAAGUCCCCCAGAAGUCCCCCCCUUCUCAGCCGACUGAUGCUCUCCACCGUGGGCCUGUUGCUUCUCCUUUUAUUGGCCAGUGCCUGCGUCUUAUCACUGCUAGAUCCCUCCUGUCUCCGGACCAAUGGCUACACCAGAUCUUUCCAUCUUGAGCUAAAGUACAUCAAAGGGCCACCGCCUACUUAGCAAGAACCGUGGAACAGGAACUCUUCUGGCAGCGGACAAGAGCAUCAGUCACAGAGGAGGAAACUGCCCAGGAUUUUACAUAUACUUCAGAAGUUGCCUCUCCAAUAAGACUGCAUUGACUCAAAGUGAUGCGAUGGGCGAGGGAGGGAGGGAGGGAGGACCAGAGCUUACAAACCACUUGGGCCCAUCCAUAAGCAUAAGCAUUUUUAUUGUCAUUGUGCACGCACAACGAAAUUUACAGCAGCAUUCAGACUCAUACCCCAUCCUCCC